AUGCCCUCCACAGAAGUGAAAGAAGCUCAAGCUCAGCAUGUAUUCAAGGCAUUGGUUUCAAAGUCUCAUGACAAAAACUUGUUCAAUGACAAAUACAAACAAGUCACAGAGGUGAUGAAGGAGAUGAUUGGAUGGCAGUGGUGCAGGGAGUGCAAAGCUGAAGCAAAAGCUGCCCAUCUUCAGCCCACAUUGACAUCCCCAAUGAUAUCCAAACCUUCCCUGCACAUUACAUGUUCUGCAAGGUCCAAGAAUCAGAUUGGUGUGAGGACCCAAUCUCAGGAUCAGAAGGCCACUCAAGAAGCACAAUGUGUAUUUGUGAACAAGAACAAACUCACAGACAACACAGAUCAUGGAUGUCCUAUCUACGAUCAUGCCCAGAAGGAUGUGCUGGAGUCCAACCUGCAGGCCAUAGGCAUGAAGGAUGGUUCCGUCCAAUAUGUUUGCAUAGGCCAAAAGGUGAAGUUAUCCAGCAUCGAUAAAGAAGUGACAAAAGAGGUGUUGCCUUUGGCUGACAAGGUCAAGGUCUUCAACCAGUUCAAGAAAGACCCAAAUGAGAAGCUCCAUGGCCUAAUCAAGCCUAUUGGAUGGAUAACAUCAGUGUUCAAUCAAGCUGCCAAAAGAUUGUCUUCUGAAUUGAAGGAGGAAGAAGCACACCAGUCAAAGAAGAGAGCUCAUUUGUCCUCCCAGUAUGACAUUGACUUCAUGUUCCAAGAUGACUUGGAUGACACAAAGAAGGAGCAAGAGAGCAACGCCAGCCAUGAAUCUGAUGUCAUCCUGAUGACUAAAUUCCCUGAGAAGAAGAAGCAGAAGAAGGGGAAAGAGAGGGAGGAUCACUGGCAGGAGACUUGA